AAUUAAAGAAUGGUUGGGCAUGGGUACACUAACUCCAGCUAAAGAGUUAGAACAAGAUUCAAUGCUAGAAGGUUUUCUAACAUAUUUAGCAACGCUCAUUUCAUCUAAAACAAACAUGGGAAAAUGUAAUGACGAGCUUUUGCAAUCCCAAUUAGAAAUCAGCGCACUUCUUGCUACAAGCGACAAAACUCAUAGUCAGUUGUUGGAAUUAAUGCCAGAACGUUCUGGAAAUGCACAUACUAAAAAUUUUGAGACCGUUUUAAGAGAGCUUUCAUCAUCGUAUCGACCACCUCCAAAAGGAUCAGAAAAUCUGGAACAAGGUUUAUUUGUUCCACUGCCAAUUGUUUGGGAGAAACACUAUGAUCCUUUGCAUGUAUUACUGCGCGCUGUUCACAGACGAGAUUUUCAAAGUUCUAUGGAUCGUUUUGCCGCUUACGUCAAACAAGAAUAUAAAUUGCCUGCCCAAAGUACAUUAUGGCCACCAUUCCGUUCGCCGCAGUGUUUUGCUCGAAAUAAUCAAUCGCACCAGAGCGAAACUGAAAGCUGUCUUAACCCUACCCGCUUGCUGCACUCUCGCGUUCUGCACGCCACUUUACUCUCAGUUCUGUAUAGAGCAGUACAUACUACUAGUGUUUCGGAACAAGUUUUGGCUUUGGCUAUUUUCCUUUUGGAAAUGGCUGUCGACAGUGUUGAUCCAGAUGCAUAUAAAUCACCCGUUUGCCAAUAUACGUCAUGCACAUCGGCACAACAGCAGAGGGAUUACGAAAUGUUGGAUUGUUUUAGAAAUGAUUCAUUGAGCGAGAAUCUUAGAACGGUUAUUCCUCGGGUUGCUUUAGCUCCACCAGAACCACAAGUUACUCCGGCAAAUUACAUGUUUGAAGCUGAUAACGAUUGGGAUACGUCUGAAACAGAUUUGACUCCAGUGGCAUCAAAUUCUCCUUUCAGAAUGAUUAGUGGAGACCCAAAUCUUUCCAGUGCUUUGGUUUUGCCACAAAGAAGAGAUUUAGCACUACCCCAAGAUUUAUCUAUGGUGCCUGAGCAAUCUUUAGUAUCUGAAGAAGCUGAAGACAUAGAAAUGACUGCUGAGUCUUUGGCGCUGGCUUUGCCUGAUCCAGCACUUCCUGAUACUGAGAAUGAUAUGAUGGCAGUGGGCAUGGAAGUUGCUUUGAGAGAUACAAAUGCUGAACCUACACCUAGUCAUUCUGGAGCACCGGCUUUAUUGUCCGGAUCAGAAAUGUUUCCGUCCGGUAAUUCGGUAUUUUUGCCGUUUGCCCGUGUUCAACCUGUGGCCGUGCCCAGUCGUAAUUCAGACAUCAUACCUCAAUCCGUAGGCGCACGUAAAUCUUAUAAAAGAAUGCCUGUUGAGGGUAAUGUCUCCGAUCCUAGCACGGUAGUCAUAAAUGAGAGCAUAAUAUCAUUACUACUAAAGCUGCAUUCGCAGCUUAGCGGAACUUUGGAUAGUUUUUCUUUAGAGGAGACGCCAGAAUUUGCUGCGGGAACUUCUUCAACCAGUGAUAAUCAGAGCUGUGAUAAUUCUAGUACUAAUAAACCAGAUGACUAUGACAAACGAAUAGGUGAUGGUCCCUUUUUUAUUGGAAAUCUCUUGAGGAAAAUAGCAGCAUUAGAUAUUUUAUGUAAACAAAACAUAUCGGAUAUAAGAAAACGACUAUGGCCUAAUCAAAGAGAAAAACAGGCUGAACAAAGAGCUAAAGAAAAGAGGGAAAAGGAAGAAAGAAGUCGCAGGGCAAAGGAAAGACAACAAAGGUUAAUGCAAGAAUUUGCAAAUAAACAGAAACAAUUUAUGGAAAAAGCAAUGGAGUCAGGCGACAAUGUAACGGACAUGGACUGGCGCGAAGAAGAAGAACAGCCUCAUGAAAAGGAAUAUGAUUGUAUUAUAUGUAAUACGACUUCUCCAAGUGCAGAAGACAAUCCAAUCGGCCUAGUAGUGCUUGUGCAAUCGAGUAGUGUGGUGGGACAUCGUAGAAAACAUCCUGAUAGAUUACCUUUGGCAGUAUCUGAUGAGGAUACAAACAACCAAAGAGAUUCAACUCAAGCAUCAGAAUUUGACAAGCGUAUUGUGGACAUGCUAGAACUUUUUGACACACCAUCCUGGUUGCUGUCUGUGAAUCUGGGUUGGGAAGGAGGUGUACAUGUUCAAUCCUGUGGACAUCAUUUACAUUUGGCUUGCCUCACAUCAUACUUAAAAAGCCUUAAUAAUUCUCAGAGACCUCAAACUUUGCACAUAGAUCGUGGUGAGUUUUUAUGCCCAGUUUGUCGGCAAUUGGCAAAUCUAGUAUUACCUCUUAGUCCACAACUAGGAAGAUUGAAUCCUGUUGUAAAAACUUCUUGUAAACAAACGGCAGAAUUGGCAUCAGAUUUGACUCAAAUGCUUAAGGAAAUAGAAAAGCCUAUUACAACUACUCCACUGGCAGAGGCAGUGUUCAAAGCUAUGGAAGAAAUGACUAAUAGCACACAAUUUAAAUUUAAACAGAAAAGUUCAGCUCCUUCUCAUCAGAGUUUGUUCUUAUUUGUGACCUCAAUAGCUAGAAUUAAUAUAGAAGCUGAAAUUGUACAGCGUGGUGGUUCAUUGUGUGCAAACAAUUCAGUCAGAUAUAAGCCAAAACGAGAUUGCAUAGUCCCACUUCUGCACGUACUUUCAGUACAUGCUAGAGUUCUGGCCGAAUGGCCUACUUGGCGUACGUGGUCUGCUCUGUGUGGCUUAACAUCAGACUCUGACUCUCCUUUAUUACCAGCUGCAUCCACACAUCAGGAAUUAUCAGUACCACUUUUGUUGCGUGAUCCAUGUGCAUUAUUGUUUAAAUUUGUACUUCUAGUGCCUCUACAUUUGGAUUUAUCAUAUUUCACAUGUAUUGUAAAAGUAUUGUAUAAUUUACUCUACUACCAAGUGCUAACACAAAUGAGUUGCAGUUUGACUGAGCCAGAGCGCACUUGGAUUUUAGCAAAUAUUGAAUUUGCCAGAGAUUAUAAACUUUGCAAUGCUUUAGGUCUUGUUCUUAAUUCACUCAGAUAUACUGGUCUUUAUGAUACGGAAUCCAUUCAACCCAGUACUAGUCAGACCAUGACCAAAGUAAACUUGCACGCACUGGAGCAAAAGAUACAACGUUUAUGCCUGCCUUUCCUUCGCGUCGCUGCAUUGCUGAGACACCAUUUAUAUCGUGAAAAUCUGCCAGAUAUUAACACACCAGAACUUGAAUUUGUUAGAUUAAUUUAUUACUUGGAACUAACAAAAAAUAGUAUGGAAUGGGAUAAGUUUAAUGCUGCUCAAGCCUUGUCAUGGCCUUUAAAUUAUAACUCUUUCACCGAUCCAUCAUCUAUAUGGUUGCGAGACCUAACAACAUUAAUAUUGCGAGCUAGAACACAUGCCAAAUCUUUGGUUGUCGAUAUGCACGUUGAUUGGCACCAACCUAGACUACUCAGAUUGCCUCAGGAAUAUGAAAGGCUUUUUACAUAUUAUCAUGAAAGGCCAUGCAAACAAUGUAAUUCAGUACCUAAGGAGAGUUCUAUUUGCAUGAUGUGCGGAACUGUAGUUUGUUUAAAACAGCCUUGCUGUAGGCAACAAGAUGUUUGUGAAGCAGUUCAGCAUUCAAUCGAUUGCGGAGGUGGAACUGGUAUAUUUUUAGUGGUUACUUCAACAUACAUAAUUAUAAUUAGGGGAAGAAGAGCAUGCUUGUGGGGUUCUUUAUAUUUAGAUGACUAUGAUGAGGAAGAUAGAGAUCUAAAAAGAGGCAAGCCGCUUUACUUAAGUGAGGAUCGCUUUAAUUUACUCGAAUCUCAAUGGUUAUCACACAAGUUUGAUCACACUAAAAGAACAUGGGUUUGGCAUAGGGAUUCUUUAUAAAUUACCUAGAUAGAGGAACGCAAAUAAAUUAUUUAUAUAUAAAUUGUGAAUACAUUGCGAAUUAAAUUUUAUGUAUACUAUAU